CCUCCCAGUCCUGAGGUUAGUUAGACCAGUCCCGAGGUGAGAACCAGCACGAGCCAGACGACAACGAGACACGCGGAGCAGCAGACGGGAGCGCCAGACAGCAGUGAAGAGCACGUAGACCGACGCACGAGCACGUAGGGCGAGAAAGAGACGCUGCCACGAGCGACUGACAGGCGGACGUUUUGGAGACUCUCGGUCAAGACCCCCGCGAGGAGUUGCUCUUCAUCUCCAGGCGUAGACGUAGUUGGCUAAAGGACCGUCUCCCCCCCCCUCUCAGCACCACCGGGCGUCUGGAAGCUGAUAGGCUGGCUUCGUCGAGCGAAGUGGCGGGCGGCGGUGGCGGCGUCGCCAUGACGGCGAUGGUGGCGGACUACUACGCGGGCAAGAACGUGCUGAUCACAGGCGGCACGGGCUUCAUGGGCAAGGUGCUGGUGGAGAAGCUGCUGCGCUCUUGCCCCGGGGUCAAGGCCCUCUACCUGCUGGUGCGGCCCAAGGCCAGCCAGUCCGUGGAGCAGAGGCUCAGCGACAUGGUGAAGUGCAAGCUGUUUGCGCGUGUGCGGGAGGAGGACCCCGACUUCCACCAGAAGAUCAUUGCGGUGAGCAGCGAGCUGACCCAGCCCGGCCUGGCCCUCGGCCCGCAGGACGUGGAGAUGCUCUGCGGCUGCAUCAACAUCGUCUUCCACUGCGCAGCCACCAUCCGCUUCGACGCGCCACUCAAGCAGGCGCUGCAGCUUAAUGUGAUCGCCACCAUGCAGCUGCUGGGUCUGGCCCGCAAGAUGCAGCACCUGGAGGCCUUCAUCCACGUCUCCACCGCGUACGCCAACUGCAACCUCCACCACAUCGACGAGGUCAUCUACCCCCCUCCCGUGGAGCCUACCAAGCUCAUUGACUCGCUGUCGUGGAUGGAGGACAGCAUCGUGGAGGACAUCACGCCACGGCUGAUUGGCGACCGGCCCAACACCUACACGUACACCAAGGCGCUGGCGGAGUACGCGGUGCAGCAGGAGCAGGAGCACCUCAACAUCGGCAUCAUCAGACCCUCCAUCGUGGGCGCCAGCUGGCAGGAGCCCUUCCCUGGCUGGAUCGACAACUUCAACGGGCCGAGUGGAGUCUUCAUAGCCGCGGGGAAGGGCCUCCUGCGUACCAUGAGGGCCAACCAUGACGCGGUGGCGGACCUGAUCCCGGUGGACGUGGUGAUCAACCUGACGCUGUCCGCUGGCUGGUACACGGCCGUGCACAGGCCUAAGACGGCGAUGGUCUACAACUGCACCACAGGGGGCAUCAACCCCUUCCACUGGGGCGAGAUCGAGUACCACGUGAUGAACACCUUCAAGACCAACCCCCUGGAGCAGGCCUUCCGCCGGCCCAACGCCAACAUCACCUCCAACUACCUGAUCAACCAGUACUGGAUGCUGGUGAGCCACCGGUGCCCCGCCAUCCUCUACGACAUGUACCUGCGUCUCUCCGGACAGAAGCCCACGAUGAUGCGUAUCUUCAACCGGCUCCACAAGGCCAUCGGCCUGCUGGAGUACUUCAGCAACCAGGACUGGGAGUGGAAGUCUGACAACAUGAGCAUGCUGCUGAACCAGCUCACGGUGGAGGACCGCAAGACGUUCAACUUUGACGUGCGGCAGCUGAACUGGCCAGAGUACAUCGAGAACUACUGCAUCGGGACCAAGAAAUACGUCCUCAAUGAGGAGAUGUCCGACAUCCCUGUGGCCCAGAAACACCUGAGGAAGCUGAGGAACAUCCGCUACACCUUCAACACGCUGCUCCUCAUCUUCAUCUGGAGGGUGUUCAUCGCCCGCUCCCAGAUGGCCCACAACAUCUGGUACUUCGUGAGUUUUGUCGGGGAGCCGAUAGUCACCAGUGCCUGCACACUCUACAGCUACUGCAGUGAACAUUUACAACAAUUCCUGCCACUGCAGCGAUUAAAGUGGGACUAUGGGCAGACCUAGGCUCCUGUACUGGCCCUGGUGCUGGCCCCGGGUCCUAGCCCCGGGUCCUAGCCCCGGGUCCUAGCCCCGGUCCUAGCCCCGGUCCUAGCCCCGGUCCUAGCCCCUGGCCUCCUCUCCAGGGGGGAGGUGGUCGUUCUGCUGCUGGCUCGCCUGUGCCUCCUGGAGGAGGAGGAUACACAGGAGGACUCAUCAACUCCAAACUACAGAUGGAUAAAGCAAACGACCACUACCACUCCUUGACAGACAGGACUGUCGGACGUAUUUCACAGAUGUGUAUGUUUUUUUUUGUUGAUAAUAUUUUGACUCCAUUUAACCGUGAACAAUGUAAUCAUAAAUAUUUUAGUAGCAUAGGACAAUCAUUUUAAAUGGCGACUGCUUAUGAAAACGCUAUUGGUCAGGACUUAACUUAGGGUUUAGUCAGGACUCUCCUCUGGGGGAUCAGUCAGGACCCGCCUCAGGGGGUUGAGUCCGGACUCUUCUCAGGGUUAAGUCAGUACUCACCCUCACCUCUGUGGGUUUGUAGACUCCCAGUUUGAAGCGGCAGCAGACAACGUCCACACAGGAGCCCACGAACCUGUGCAGCAUACCUUAUGGGGGGGGGGGGGGGGGGAAGAGAGAGAGAGAGAGAGAGAGAUGACAUGAGUGUUUGAGGGCGGGGCGGGGGGGAAGAGACGACAUGAGUGUUUGGGGGGGGGGGGGGAUGGAUGUAUAUGUUUGGGGGAUAUUAUAUAUAUAUAUAUAUACACGUGUAACAAUGUUUUUCAUAAAAUCUGUACCAAGUAAGCAUAUGCAGUGAAGUGUCUGCACUGAGUGAGUAUUUAACCUGAUUCCUGAUCUUCCUUCCCAACGAGCGAAGUAGGCGAAUAUUUUACAUAUUUUGAUUAUGACGAAUUCCGUUAUGACAAUGGAGAAUGUUAGGUCUGUGUUGGCUGCGAUAUUUAAGCAAUAAUUGUUUACAUUCCAUUUUACCAAGCGAACCUGUCCAAAAAUGAAACCCCAUUAAAGUCAUUGGUAUAUAAA